UUCCAACCUAACGAGUAACUCAUUUUGAGACAAGAGGCAUCGCUGGGUUGCUUAAUGAAUGAUAAGCCACAGUUUAUCACAAAACCCCAUGCUUGCUUGCUUCAGUGACUCAGCAGCUUCUGUCACCAAAUUACCAUCUUUACCGGCUACAAAAUUAACACAGAGAAGAUGUCAACCAGCCCAUGAAAUGUGUAUCAAAGUGGAAAUUAAUUUCUGGACACAAGAGACUCAGCAGAUGCUGGAAAUAUAGAGCUCCAACUUCAAUCCCACUGUCAGACCCACAGACAAGGAGAGUACCACUGUAGCCUGGCAGUCGUACCUGGGAUGCCCAGAAAGAGUGGAACGUGCUCCACAAAUCCAGAUUUAUCUUUUCAAUUUGACAGCCCUAAAACAUCAUUCCUUUCCUCUCCUGUUCAAAUUCCAAAUUCUCAAUGCUUGCUGGUUUCUACAGACACCUGGGCAACUUUUAGUAGGUCACCCCACUCCCUGUGGCUCCGCACAGUCAUCAGCUCGGCUGUUAACAUAUUGCCCGAUCACCCUUCCUGCAGGUUGGUACAAUGGGCUCAAUCACAUCAAGGCUUCUCUGGCUGCAACACAGCAAGAAAAGUAUUUCUUCAUGGGGAUGUUUCCAUACGUCCUUACAAGCUAUGCAAUAUCGCUACCCUUAAUCACAUAAGCAACAGUGCUAUGAAGAGCAGAACUCCGACGUUGAGUAUUUUCACCAUAUGUUAAUGUGAAGAGUGAACAGUAAAUGGUUAAUCUUACUGCGAUCUGGUUUCAUUGACUGUGGUUUAUCCGGACGUUGAAUUCGGCGUUAUUAGUACACCCGAAGGAGAACGUUACAGUGAAAAAGCGGCAUUAUCAGGUGUUUCAAGUGCUGCAAUGUCAGCUCAAUCCAGCAUCAAGUCGACGCCGCCCAGCGACAAGGGCGGUAAACCGACAUCAAGUAAGUCCACCCAGGCAAGAGCCAAGGCAGAAGCCGCCAAGGUGCGACUGCGUUACGCCAAACAAGAAGCCGAAAGGGCUGCCAGAAAGGCAGAAGCCGCCAAGGUGCUACUGCAUUAUGCCAGACAAGAAGCAGUUUUGAAAAUGAAACUGGCCACCAGAGAAGCCGAAAUCCAGAAAGAAAGGGCCGCCAGAGAAGCCGAAAGGGCCGCCAGACAAAGAGAAGAGGCUGCCAGAGAAGCCGAAAUCCAGAAAGAAAGGGCUGCCAGAGAAGCCGUAAUCCAGAAAGAAGAGGCCGCCAGACAAAGAGAAGAGGCUGCCAGAGAAGCCGUAAUCCAGAAAGAAAGGGCCGCCAGAGAAGCCGAAGAGGCUGCCAGACAAAGAGAAGAGGCCGCCAGAGAAGCCGAAACCCAGUUGGAAAUGGCAAAAAUAUCGACAGAGUUGCAAGUGCUGCAGCGAGAAAGAGAAGAAGAAGCUGCCAUGGCGGAAGCAAAGUACAUAGAAGAAGCUGAAGGGUUGCGUGAUCUGACCGCAGUAAGAUCUACUUUAGAAGGGACCAGACUGGAGCGCACAAGCGACUAUGUACAAUCUCAAAUAGACAGGCAGGCUCGUCUCCCCUCUCCAUACGUAUUUGAUAACUUCCCCAGCUACGAGGAACCUCAGAGAGUCACGAUUGCAUCACAUCCAUACAAGGAAGGAAAUUUACCCUCACGGCUCCGUGAUGAAGUCAAGAAUGAAAGAACCGACAACGCUCCUUCACCCCCACAACAGGACGGCGGGGAGGGAGAGGUUCACUCCAGGACAACAAUUGUCAGCUCGAACUGUACAGAAGUUUGCGGUCAAACUCAGUCAAGCCGUUCUUGUUCCGAGAUCUGCCUCACUGAGGUGUACCCUAAAGAAGCACAACAAGACAUUACCAAGCGUAAAGUAACCGAAGAGACGCUAGGUCAGUCAGUUUUCGUUCAAACCGAGCACGGAAACAAACUUGCACAAUCAGCUCAAGAUACCAUUUCUUUAAAACCCAAAGACACCAAGGUCUUCAGAGAUGAAGCAAAUAAUGGGGUUGCCCCGUUGCCUUUCAGAGAACCACGCCAGCGCUCACCAGAUAACAAAGAGCAGGCAGUCAAACGGUUCACGUCCUUACGGAAAACCCGGAAAAGGAAACCUGAGAUGCAGCAACGCACCCGAUUGGCCCACGAGGUACUGUGCACCCUAAUGGCAGAGGUCACAGCCAUUAUAAACGCACAAUCAUUCCUACCUGUGUCUUCUGACCCAGAAAACCCCUUUAUACUUUCGCCAUCAACGCUCCUUACGCAGAAGGCAGGAGCACCUCCUCCACCAGGAGACUUCUCAGACAAGGAUUUGUACACAAAGCAAUGGAGACAAGUCCAGGCUCUGGCAAAUCAGUUCUGGCCUCGCUGGAGACAAAAAUAUCUACCUUUGUUGCAACAGAGACAAAAGUGGACAGAACCCCACAGGAAUCUUCAAGUUGAAGACUUAGUCCUGCUCAGGGACAAGCAAGCCACCCGCAACAGCUGGCCAAUGGCCAGAAUCACUGCUACAUUCCCUAGCGAGGAUGGACAUGUCAGGAAGAUCGAAUUGAAGACUACCGACCAAGGCGAUGUGAAAGUUUACCAAAGGCCAGUUACAGAAGUUAUUCUACUUCUACCCAAUGACUGAUUAAGAGACUAAGUUUUGUACUCUGCUCAUUGUGACCUUACGAAGGUCAAGCGGGGAGUGUGCUGUCUUUACGACAGUUAUUUAGUUUAUAAUAUUUUUGCUUAGUAAUUCAUUCAAUAGUAUUUUCUAGUUAGAAUUAGAAGUGUUUAAAGUAUAUUCAUUGCAUGUAAAAUAUAUCGGCAUGCGAUGACGUCACAUCCGGUUUCGCCGCGUCUUGUGGGAAAACACCGGUUUGAAAUUAGCGCGAGGGUGGGGGCUUUCCACGAGGCUCACCUGAGCACAAGUAGUUUUGCAGGCAUGAGAAAUCACAGUGAGAGCAACGCUGUAAGUUAAUAGAUAAUCGAUAUAUUGAACUAAGAUGUUAAUGCCGAUCCUGUUAGAAGUAACGACGGUAGAUAAUGUUUAUGCUUUCGUUAGUUAAAGAGUCGCGGAUAGUUUGCAUGGAAGUGUAUUUAAAGUAGUCAAUGGAGCAGGUAAACUCUCCCUGUAUACUGCACCUUAGUGUAAUGUAGUUAUAGUCACCUUUGCAAGUAUUUACACUUGAAAUGUGAUAUUAAGGAAGGAACAAAUACUGUAUCAAUCUUGUAUUGUUUUAUCAACAGUUUUCACCAUAUGUUAAUGUGAAGAGUGAACAGUAAAUGGUUAAUCUUACUGCGAUCUGGUUUCAUUGACUGUGGUUUAUCCGGACGUUGAAUUCGGCGUUAUUAGUACACCCGAAGGAGAACGUUACACUGACCUUGGCACUAAAUGGUGCAUGUGGGGUUGAUUUCACCACUUAAGAGAAAUUUGAAUUAGUACGUGGAUUGUAGAGGUAUGGAGGCCCAUGGUCUGGGUGCAGGUUGCUGGGACUAGGCAGAUUAAUAGUUUGGCAUAGAUUAGACAUGCUGAAUUGCCUGUUUCUGUGCUUUGGA